CCACUGCUCAAGAAAUUCCUGGUUAACGCAACUGUAGCCUACCAGGUGUGCUCUGCGCCUGCGUACUAGUCUGUGUGGCACUUUUGCUGUGACGCGACGGGCUUGCUGUCAAGAAGGAAACGGGCAUCCUUCUGAAAAAUCCGAAACACGGACACGAACAAAAAAAGGAGGAUAAAACAGACUAAAUUAGUAUCAACUUCCUGAUACAUGUUAUUCAUUUUCAGCGCAUUUCGCCUGUAUAGGGCUGAUCGUAGUGGACAUGGAUGCCCCUCUUCCUAUUUAACCAGCCCAGCCUGCCCUCUUUCACACUGCCCCAGCCUGGAUGAAUGGAGAUGAGACAUUGUUGACCCAUCAGCAGCAGUGCUUAGCAUGAACAUCCACACACUGGGUGAUUCUCUGGGCCCUAGCCUUGCGGUGCGUAUGAGCGGAGCCGCCGGUGGCUGGAGCAGUCUCUCUCUGAAGCCAGUGCCUACCGGGUGGAUCCCCUCUCUGUUCCAAACCAUGGUCCCUACGGGAUACACCAAGCUCCAGGAAGAGCGUGGUCUGGCCAUGGCCGACCUGGGUCCCAAACCUGAUGGGAACGGCUACCGGCCUGACCCCCCUCACCUGGAGGUGCGCCGGCACUCGGACCGGGUAGCGCGGACAUCCGUUAGCCUGUCAGACGGUGGGGAUGUGCGGUACUCUGAGACUGAGCCCAUGCUCCCUGAGGGGACGCUCUCGGGGGAGGAGGGCGAUGCAGAGGAGGAGGAGGAAGAGGAGAGUCAGAGACCCCCCACACGGAACAUGCCCAAGGAGUCGCCCUUGGCCAUGGCGCUGCAGAUCGUGGUGCCUUUCCUGCUGGCUGGGUUCGGCACCGUGUCGGCAGGGAUGGUGCUGGACAUAGUACAGCACUGGGAUGCCUUUAAGUACAUUACAGAGAUCUUCAUCCUGGUUCCGGCUCUGCUGGGCCUGAAGGGCAACCUGGAGAUGACCCUCGCAUCCAGACUAUCCACCGCGGUGAAUGUGGGGAAGAUGGACUCUCCCAUAGAGAAGUGGAAUCUGAUCAUAGGAAACCUGGCGCUAAAACAGGUACAGGCUACAGUAGUUGGCUUCCUGGCAGCAGUGGCGGCAGUGGUUCUGGGUUGGAUCCCAGAAGGGAAGUUCCAGAUGAGUCAUGCCGUGCUGCUCUGCUCUGCCAGCGUGGCCACUGCCUUCAUAGCCUCUAUGCUGCAGGGCUUCAUCAUGGUGGGGGUGAUCGUGGGCUCCAAGAAGACUGGCAUCAACCCCGACAACGUGGCUACACCCAUCGCCGCCAGCUUCGGUGACCUCAUCACCCUGGCCAUCCUGGCCUGGAUCAGCCAGGGACUCUACAACUGCCUGGACUCUCACCCGUACGUGUCGUCCCUGGUGUGUGCCUUCUUCCUGUCUCUGACUCCAGUGUGGAUGGUGAUCUCAUCCAAACACCCGGCCAGCCGCACCCUGCUCUACUCCGGCUGGGAGCCUGUCAUUACUGCCAUGGUCAUCAGCAGUAUCGGAGGACUCAUCUUGGACAAAACCGUGUCUGACCCGAACCUGGCUGGCAUCGUGGUGUACACCCCUGUCAUUAACGGUAUUGGGGGGAACCUGGUAGCCAUCCAGUCUAGCCGUAUCUCCACUCACCUCCAUUUCCACAGUGCUCCUGGGGAGGUACCAGAGGAAGCCAAAGGCUGCUACUACCCCUGCCGCACCUUCUAUGGCACAGGAGCCAAUCAUCGUUCGGCCCAGGUGCUGCUCCUAUUGGUGCUCCCGGGUCACCUGAUCUUCUUGUACACCAUCCACCUGAUGAAAAGCGGCCACACCACCCUGACGCCUAUCUUCAUGACCGUCUAUCUGGCUGCCGCCCUCUUACAGGUGUUCCUGUUGCUGUGUAUAGCAGACUGGAUGGUGUACUCUAUGUGGCGUAGUGGUAAAGACCCAGACAGUUUCUCCAUCCCCUACCUGACCGCCCUGGGCGACCUGCUGGGCACCGCUCUCCUGGCCCUCAGCUUCCAAUUCCUGUGGUACAUCGGUGACCAGGACAGCGACGUGGGUGACUGAGAUGACCCCUGAUCCCUGGUGGAGGGGUCACGCCCGUGCCUCUACCCCAACCCAGAACCCCUACCCCUUCUCCUCCUAUUAUGCCAUGCGGGGUUGUUGCCGUUUAGGCGGUUUGCCACGCUCAGCUAUUGGUCGCUGGAACAUUCCUCUGCCUCUCCUAUUGGGCAGAGUAGCACUUAACACUAUGCUGAUUGAGCCAAUGAGGAGCUACAGAUGUUCAUUUGGAAGAAAAAAACUAUUAUUUGGAAAGACAUUUCUCUGCAUCUGGUUCCUUUCCUCCAUUCAACCAAUUGCAUUUCAUUCUGAAAAUCAUAUGCUUCUUACAGUGCAAUUUAUUAAGAGAUUUGACUGUUGUUGUUUCGUUGCAACAAGUCACUUAUAUCCAGUGGACACUGCACAUAUAGCUGGAAGCCUUCAGUUAGUGAGAUCUACAGGCUGCGGUGUUUAUUCCUGACAGAAGGGAGACACAUGGACAGACAGGGUGGAGAAAGGCCAGGUUACAGGAGGUACACAACUGGCCCUGGACAGCUGGGGCCAGGGUUGCAGGGUUAGUUGCUGGAUCAGCUGUUUUAGAGCUGGGAUGGAACAAAAGCCUGCACACUAUGCUGUUGUUACAGACUAGUAUUGCCUUCCCCUGGUCUAAAGCUUUAUACAGUCUAUACCAGAGCACUGAGUUUACUCUCAGCCCAGACGAUAUGCAUCUCACUCUCUUUGGAUGCACUUCAUAUAGUCUCUCAUUAAGGUCAGUCACAGAUUGAACCUCAGUUGUUUAUCUGUUUGGGCUUUCAUGUGUCCAUCUGUACCCUUAGUUUGGUUUUGCAUGACAAAUAGAAUUGGGGACAGCAGCCUGAUCGUGACAGUUAGCGGUACUCAAAGGAAUGUAUUGGAUACCUGCUAUUUUUAUACCUCUCGAGGGACUGAUUCUCUCUCUCUCGUUUUCUCUCUCUCUCGUUCUCUCUCUCUCUCUUGUUCUCUCUCUCUUGUUCUCUCUCUCUUGUUCUCUCUCUCUCGUUCUCUCUCUCCCCUCGUUCUCUCUCUCCCCUCGUUCUCUCCCUCGCCUCGUUCUCUCCCUCGUUCUCUCCCUCGUUCUCUCCCUCGUUCUCUCCCUCGUUCUCUCCCUCGUUCUCUCCCUCGUUCUCUCUCCCUCGUUCUCUCUCCCUCGUUCUCUCCCCCUCGUUCUCUCUCCCUCGUUCUCUCUCCCUCGUUCUCUCUCCCUCGUUCUCUCCCCCUCGUUCUCUCCCCCUCGUUCUCUCCCCCUCGUUCUCUCCCCCUCGUUCUCUCCCCCUCGUUCUCUCUCUCGUUCUCUCUCUCGUGCUCUCUCGUUCUCUUUCUCUCUCGUUCUCUCUUUCUCUAGUUCUCGUUCUCUCUUUCUCUAGUUCUCGUUCUCUCUUUCUCUAGUUCUCGUUCUCUCUUUCUCUAGUUCUCGUUCUCUCUUUCUCUAGUUCUCGUUCUCUCUUUCUCUAGUUCUCUCUCUAUAUAUAUAUAUAUAUAUAUAUAUAUAUAUAUAUAUAUAUAUAUAUAUAUAUAUAUAUAUAUAUAUAUAUAAUGGCGGUCCAGUCACACAGAGUAGGUACUAUUCUGGCGUUAUACAGUCAGGUUCCGUGCGAUCAUGUGGUUUUGACUGUGGACGUUUACACGCCACGCACUCUGUUUACACGUAUGUACGUAUGUUCACUACGGUGGCUCUCUGCCGUUAAUAUUCCAAUGAAAUGUGCCUGCGGAGAUUCACAGGGUGAUGAGAUGUUAUUCUUUCUGAUGCCAUAUUCCUUUGGUUUUCUGUUGGCUCUGUUGUUCUUUUCUAACCUUCUAAUAAUGUGCUGUUAAAAGGGUUCGUUGUUUUCAUAUUCGCAAUCUGUUCUCGGAAACGGACCACGACUGACCUUUUUGUGACUCAUAUAAAUGUUUAAUAAAUAAAUAAACGUCCAGCAUGAAUAAGCUGCUUACAAAUG